CAGAUAGAAGGCGUCAUCUUCUCUCCCUCUCUGCAUCUCCCCCACCCUCCUUCUCGACCCCUCGCUCCUUGCUUGCUGCAGCAGCCAGGGCUCGGUAAUGGCGUCCAACGACGAUGAGAAGCCUUCUGCUUCCAAUACUGGUGACCAUCUACUCGUUUGGCUUCGGCCAGCACUCAGACCACCAGCUGAUGAGCGACAUCGCCAAGAAAUCUCCGGGCGGGACCUUCAGCUCCGUGCCGGACGGGUCCAAGGUGAGCCUGCCCUUCUCGCAGCUGCUGGCCGGCCUCCUCACCGUGGUGGCGCAGGACGUGGAGCUCACCCUGACCCCCAAGACCGACGACGGCGACGUGGACACCAUAGUGGUGGCCCCAGGCACCGACUACAAGACGACCACCGACGCCGCCACCGGCGUGGUCACCAUCAUGUUCGGCACCCUCUUCGCCGGAGAAGGGCGCAGGGUCGUCAUCACCCUCACGCUCAAGGACGUGAGCGCCACCAACCGCGGGGAGUACGACGCGCCCCUGGCCGAGGCCCAGCACAGCUUCACCGCCCAGGGAAGGCCGCGAGAGGCACAGGUGCCGCAGGACAUCCAGAUCAGGCGCACUCCGACUCCGUCUCCAGCGCCUGGCGCGAGCAGCAAGGCGCGGCAGGUGCAGGCCGAGAUCGCCAGGCGGCAGCACGCCGAGGCCAUCAGGCAGGCGAGGCUGCUGGCGGACGACGGCCUGCUCGGCGACGCGCGGAGCAAGCUGGCUGAGGCGCAGAGGGCGCUGGACAGCAUCGUGCUGGACGGCGGCGGCCAGAAGCUGGUGAGCUCGCUCCGAGCCGAGCUGGCGCAGCUGAUCAGGCUCACGGAGACGAAGGAGAUCUACGAGGCGCAGGGCCGCGCCUACGCCCUGGCCUCCGAGACCAGCCACGGCCGGCAGCGCUACUCCGCCAGGGGCGGCGACGAGGACGGCGACGUCCGCCUCUUCGCGACGCCGCGCAUGGACACCUACCGCGAGCAGGCCAGGAAUUUCGCGAAGGACCCCACAGCGCCGGUGCCCACCGCCGACGAGGACGUCAAGCAGGAGAUCCUCGCCAACCCGAUCUCCGCCGUCUCCACCGAACUCGCCUACCACCUCCGCAGGGCUAUCGAGGAGCUGCAGGCCAUCGAGAAGAUCGUCGCCCCGAGCACCUAGCUCUCUUUCAGUCUUUCGUUUCAUUUCAGAUUAAAUGUCGUACGUACUCGGUACUUCUGCUGUCCAAUAAAUGUACCUCGGAAAUAAAGCAUCAGUCAGUGGUACUCAUCUGCCAUUGUC